AUGGACGAAGGCCACACAUCCAAAGAUUCGGGGUGUGAGUACCAAAACAGAAGGCAGGGGCCCGUGUUGCUCAAGCACUUGGAAGGGAAUUUUAAAGGUCAAUACACCAAAAGGCAUGUGGUUGAUCAGGUGAAUUGCAGUGACAAUAGCAUCAUCCCUAUGAUGGCAAGGAACAUGAGCACCAAUCAGAAGUGCUUGGGCGGUUUUAAGAAGAUGUCGAUUCUUUCGUUCAGCAACAACAUUUUGUUGUGGUAUCUGAGGACAAGUCAUCUCAUGGAUAAUUUCAUGUUGUUGGAAAUAAGCCUAAAAGUCAUGAUUGACAAAUUUUCCACCAUUGUUUGA